GCAGAACACGACCGAUCGCCGCGUUGACCGCACCACACCGAUUGAGCCCCGACCAAACGUGCUACGAUAAUACGCAAUUCGUUACCGUGGUAACGAUUUACGUAGAUAUCUCUGUAAAUGUGACGUUGACGUGUAUGUGACAGUCGUGGUAAUGUUUUUGUUUGUGUUUAUUGCCAUGGAUACCUGAGAAUUAUCGAAAUCAACUGGGUUUGGAUUUUUUUAUUUAUAAUGGAUGAGGUACCAUCCUCGGUAUCAACAAAAGUAAUAAACGCCACAGACCAGAGUAAUGAGGUAUGGUCCGAUAUCCUAGAAGACGAUUCACCAAUACCGCUCGACGCAAGCGAAGGAGGAUUCUUUUCGGGAAACUUUGUACCGCCGCCACCAAGACCUCUUUUCCUAGAUGAAACUGCUACCCCCGAUGGACUUACAACGUGUGAUCUCUGUUCAUGGUCAUUCCAGUAUCAAGGUGGGGGUUUCAAUGUAGAUGCUUCUAAAGAAACUCCGGAACUUGGAUGGGUCCUAACAUUAAUAAUAGUAUCUUUAAUAUCUGCACUAAUAGGAGCUAUAGUUAUGAUAGUAGUUCUACAUUGUAAGCGAUUGAAGACGACGCCUGUGGACGAAAGUGAACGAGGUGUAGCUUUAAAUCAUAGGGUGGUAGCUCAACGGCCACCUAUAAAUAUUCCGGAUGAUAAAGAAAUAAGUACAAUCACUUCCACGACAUUUCCAAAUCUACCAAACAUUCAGAAUUCGAAUAAUGGAGUAUGGUCGUGGUUAUCAAGAAGAAAUGUUAGUUCUCCGUCUCCAUUAAACACCCCUCCAACGUUACCUGCGGAAAAUCAUUACACACACAUGGAAGAUGGUUACAACAGUGUUGGUGAAGGUCUUUACGCCGAACUAGAUAGAGAGAGCGCAUCGGAAGAUAACGACAGAGAUAGCAAUAGUCCUGCUUAUCAAAAUUCGGCUUACACGGAUCCUGAUGCUCCAGCUUCUAGUGCUCCAAGUAGUGCUUACUACUCCGAUCUCUCAACAACUACAGUUCCAGAGAGAGCUUACGAAAUAGUGGGAUUGGUGACUAUGCCUCCUUGGGACAAUAACACGGGUGGUUGUGAACAGAGAAGGCCAGGGCAAAGGUUAGCAGCUAUUAGUGAGAGUAGUGCCAGCGUACCCUCGGAUUACGUCUGACAUGUACUAAAACUUUUAAUUUUAGACAAAUUGAACAAAAUGUCAAACAAAUGUAGACUGUUUAGUAUAACUUUCUCAAAUCUUGUAUUGCAAAACUUUUAACUGUGAUGACAGGAAUAUAUUUCAUUUUUAUACAAAUUGAGUCAUGUGAAAUUUAAUAACAAAAUUACAGUUUUUAUUUUAAUCGCAACCUAUUCAACUCACUAUGUAUAUAAAAGAAAUAUAAGUGUCCCGAAUGUAAAUAUUUCUAUAAUACUAUCUUGUACUUAAAAUGUAUUGUAAUAUAAAAAAAGAAUUUAUAAAAAAAAUUAAUCAAAGAUUAUUCGUAUCACAUUGGUAAAGAAAGAAUAUUUUUUUCCAAAUUUUAAGUAGGUACACCAAAUAAUAUUGUUUACCAUUAAUAUUGACGAGGUAGUACAACCAGUUAAGAUUAGGAACAUUAUUUAUUAUUCUUUUUGUAUUUAACAUAACGCGAGGUUAGAAUAUUUUGUUCUAUCAGCACUUUUUUUAUAUUUUCACUUAUUUUAGUCAAUGAUGUUCCAUCUACUUACAAGGCAUCUUUUUUAAAUACAUAAUGCAUUUUUGAAUUGUUUACAUAAAUAGAUUUAUUAUAAAUCGGAAAUUGCCGGAAUUUUGCAUAUAUCAGUUUAAGACGAAGAAGAGAAUUUUUGUGGAAGAAAAUUUGAUCGCCAAUGUACAGACGAAACCACAACAGUUAUUUAUAUUAAUGUGAAGAAUGUACUUAAUUGCUUUUUCACAAUAAAAUUUUGUUUUUUUUUGUUCCAAAGAAUUGAAUAUCUGCAAUUUAACAGCUCAUUGUAUUGUUCUAUAUAGUUAGAAGAUAUACAUGAGCAACAGGGCAUAAAUAUCGCUUCUGCCUUAAUUGCCCUCCUUAAAAAGUUUUGAUUGUCAUUUCAAGUAUUGAAAAAUAGUACUUUGGUCGUACACUUGUGUUCUGCAGAACGAAAACUUCAGAUAUAUCAUCCGCCUUAAAGGACUCUAUGAAAGAAUUCUUACAAAUCAAAAAAAUAACAAAAAUUAUCAGAGCCAGGGCACAGUCAAAUUCACAAAUACAAAUAGAAAAUAAAAUUAAAAAAUGCCUAAAGGGUGUGGAUUACUAAGUUUUUUUCACCUGAACAUUUUAGUUAGUAACAACUCUCUCUAAAUCCGUUAUAGGCCUCUAUCUAUUUUUCUAACUCGGAUAUGACACAUCCGAAGUAAUCACUUCCAAUUCCAAUAUCUUCAUCGGGUGUUCCAUAAAAUACGCUUAAUUCCAUCGUCUUUCCUGCAAAAUACUCAAGUUUUUCUUGUUCAGCUUUGGAAAACUUACAGAGUGAUUCGUAAUGUUCAGCAAAGGUAAUAAAAUCUUGGUCUGGUCUUAUUCGUGUGAAUAUUUUUAUUAAUUUUAUAAAUCAUAAAAAUGAAAUUCGUCGCUAAAAUUUAUCACCCUAUGCUACAGCCUACUGGUAAAUCCACCACUGCAAGUAGUUUUAUUGUAGGUACCUACUUGACAAUUAUUUUUUGAAUUUUUAAAUAAAAUACCCUGAUAAGUAAUUUAUGUUAUAUCCACAGACUUAAUAACACAAGAGACCAAAUUGUAUACAUUUCUAAAGUGAGCCAAUCAGUAACCCCUCCACUUUCUAUACCACAACACAGUGUAGCCAAUUAACAAGCAGUACAAGUUUAUGAAGAAAAAAUAAAAUAAAACAGGAACUAUUUAGUAUAAUGCGCAAUUAACUAAUAGAAAGUAGUUAUUUAAAUUAAUUUUUAUAUAAAAUUUUUUAAUAAUAAAAUCAAACUGUUCCUUAUAAAAUAAAAAUUUCAUCUAUUCAUUAUUCAUAUGAGAUUUCUCAUACGACUUUACAGCGUACUAAAUGCAAGUAUUUUUACCUCCAAAUUUCUGCAAAGAGGAUUUAUACAGUUUCUUUUACUUUAUGAAUCCCUGAAGAACUCGCUUUAUUCCCAUUUCCAAUUCCAUUUGGUUGUAUAACAUUCAACUCCCAACAUUUAAUUACUUCACCUUGAAAAUAAAGCAAAAUAUCAAGUUCUUGAUUUUAAGAUACGCGGUGGUUAAUAUUUGAAAGAAAAAUUGAUCAAAAAACGAUUAGAAGUGCAUUAAAAAUACAUAUAAAAUACUAGCGUUAAAUGUGAUAAAUAUAAAACUUAAAUAUUGUUCAUGAUAUUUGAAAAAAUAGUCAAAGAGCAAAUGAACAUAGUCAUACUAUAAAGUUAAUUUUAGAGACUUUUCGUCGUUUAUAAGUUUUGAUAUUCAUAAUAUCUGUGCUUAUCUGUGGAAAACAAUGAAUAUCUGUUCACUUUAUGAACUCCAUUAAAUUAUUUGGUUCGUGGUUCUGUGGUUUGUGGUAAAGUGGAUCAUUUACUUCCAGAUUUAACAUUUCACAGGUAAAUGGUUUUAUGUCCCUUGUGUUAUUAGGUCUGAGGUUAUAUCUUAAUAUUGAACUCAAAAUUAUUCAACAAUACAAAUAUAUCUUUUUAAACUAGUGCACAGUUCAAUUUUGUUGUUUUUCGUUUACCAUGUAGAAGUUUUAUUGAUACGAGUGAUCCCAUUAUUAUAUGUACAUAUUGUAAGAUAUAUUUUAUUUAUAAUUAUUUCAACAUUCCAACAUUUUUGUAUAUGUGCACUCACUUUGAUACGCACUGACAAACCACACGACUGGUGUACCUGAUAUAAGAACUAUCAUGUAGGUACUAUAAAUGUUUAUUGUUCAUUUUAUUUAUCUAUAACAUUUUUAAGAAAUAUGAAUUCCUACUGAAUAAUAUAAAAUGCACAUGUUUUCUUUAGCAAAUAUACAAUGAAUCAAUCUUUAAGUCUAAUCAUUAUGUAUCCAAUUAUUUGUUUUAUAAUAUAGUUUACAACAGUGUAAACUGUAAUUAAAAAUCGUGGAAAUGCGCGAUAAGAUCAAUCAAAGCGGAAUAAUAUCCAGAAAAAAUUUUUUCAGCAUAUAAGAAGAGAAGAUUUUUAUUAUUUGUGAAGAUUUUAAAAACUAUUAAGUAAUUGUAGAUUAAUAUAGAAAUUUGAUAAUGUUAAGAUACAUUUUGAACACUUUUAAGAAUAUAAUUCUUUUGAUAAUGUUUUUUAGCGAACAUAACUGUACCCUAUUCGCCACUAAACCGAAAAACUGAUUAAAUAAACGACUCCUGGACAUUAUUAUUCUAGUUUAAACGAGCUAUCGUGAAGUUUUAAAAGCUUUCUCUUAAUUUUUCAGCAGUUUCAACUUUUUAACUCAGCUAUUGUACUUGCAUCACACAUACAUGAUUAUACAAGAUUCUCUUUGAAAUUUCUUGGUUUAAAUUUAAUUAACUAACACUUUCUCAUGCGCUAUACUAAUUGACCUUGACCAGAAUCGAUCAUUUUUUAAACCAACAUAAAAUAAUAGUAGGCUGAAACCCAUUGGAAAAGAGAAAAUUACAAUAAAAAUCAAAGGAAAAAUAAUUAAAGGGCGAUAUGAGAUCGAGAAAAGAAAGGGAUGAUUUUUUUUACAAAAAUCAAGUUUUUUGAAAUAUUGUCCAUGUGAUUUUGUCAUUGUAAUCAUUGUUGGCCAGCAAUUCAGAUGUGGAGCGAAACAUGAAACUUUUUCUAAAACUUGACAUUUUUCUUAUCUAUAUUCCCUUAUCACGUUUACGAAAAUGUUGUUUGUUGCGACAAAAAUUACAAAAUUCCGAUAUCUCUAUGAUCAUCCAUAAGUUACUUAUUUUGAAUUACGUAUAAUAAAUUUGAAUUUCUACCAAUUGUUAAAAUUAAAAUGUGUGGUUACGGUUCAAUGAAUCCAUUUCGUCAUAAAAAAUAAUGUUUUCGUGAACCACCUAAAUAAAGAGAACAUGAUUUUUGAAAAAUUUUAUUCAGUUUUAUGUUUCGCCUCACUUCGAAAUUGCUAAAUUGCCCAUAUAUAAAAAUAUCUAUUAUAAAUGUCAAAUUGUGAAUAAAGAAUUUAUCAAUAA